AUGUCCAACGCUUCAUAUCGAGGCCGGGGGGGCAAACGGGCGGGGAAUCGUCCUCAGGAUGGAAAUCUGUACUCGGAAGUCGCGAAGGGCGAACAUAAGAGCCAAGCAGCAUCAGACGGAAUGUUAGUUGUAGGUUCUGCGUCGAAUGAAACGGUGCCGUCCCAGUCGGCCAGUCACGGUCGAAAACAGAUACAAUCGCAUCAAAACUCGGACAGUGAGGGAGCGAAGCAUGCUACUAAGAAGCACCGAGUUUUGAGUGAGCAUGAGCUGGCUAAUUUUCGAACUUCAUUUUGUACAAACCAUCACCAGAACAAGUGUCCCAACAGCGAUUCUUGCGAGAAAAGUCAUUGUCUCACAUGGCAGCGCAGGAAUCCUUAUGAAAUAUCGUACUCUCCGCAAUUAUGCCCUGAGAUCCAGUUCGUUAAGAAAUCGCGCAAAAUGGUUUUGUAUCGGCGGUGCACUCGUGGAAAGAAUUGCAACUUUGCACACUCCAAAGAGGAGGAACUAUACCACCCCCUGGUGUACAAGACCAAGCAAUGUUCUGCAUAUCCCAAAUGUACACGGUACUUUUGUCCAUUUGUUCAUGCGUCAUCUGAGAUGCGGGAUGUCACUGAACUAAAAAGUACAGGCUUGGUUAUGCCAAGUGUUUCAUCUGAUAAUGCGGAUAAGAGUUUACCAGCCACUUCACCUUCACAUGAGGCUGAACCUGGGGCCACAAAGGAGCAUGAAGAAGGAUCUGAGGUCCCUAAAACAGGGGAUGAUAUGACUGCAGGAUUAUGGUAUGAGCCUCCUAGUCUGUCGGCAAUAUGUGGAUAUGAUGAUGUUACGUUUAAAAACUUAUAUGGAUACGGGUGCGCUGGAUUUGCGCAACUUCCCACAGACGAUUAUGCAGCAGAUUUCGAUAUCCAGAAUUGCGUUGCGUGGCAGACGUUCUCACCAGGCAAUCAGUUUGAUGCCCCCUUAAUGGAGCAUUUCGUUGACCCAACUCGGUACGCUGGCGGCGGCGAUUUUGAUGCCUUGGGUGGGGUACCGCAGUUCAGCGAUGGUUUGGGGGGACAAUUCAUACAUUUUGUGGGCGCUGACCUUGAAGAUCAGUUUGGGGCACUGUCACUACAUAAACUUCCCGAUGAUCCGCUGGAGAGCUACCCACUUAAUGAUGUGUUGGUGAAGUUUAUGAACGACAUAGGUGAUAAAUAA